AUGCUUUUAAUUGGUGAUUCUCUUUUACAUCAUGUUCGUAAACCAACUACAGUACCACGUGAAUCUACUGAAACUUAUAUUGAAUCAAUUGGUGGUUGUACCAUUGAUCGUUUAAUGGCAAUGAUUAAACAGGAUAAUUUUAAAACAUUAUUUUACAAUCAAAAACAUUUAGUUAUUUUGAUUGGCACAAAUAAUUUAGCACGUGAAAGAUCUGAAUCAACAAUAAUUAAAUUUGAAAAAUUACUUCAAUUAAUUUAUCGUAAAUAUCCACAUUUAAGUACAGUUGCUGUUUGCACUGUACCAGAACGUACGAAAACUAGUAUUUUUUAUCGAACAUAUGGUGAUAAUGGUGGAAAAUCAAUACGUAAACGUAUUCGAAAAUAUAAUAGAAAAUUAAAACAUUUACGUAAGAAACAACCAACAUCAAAAAAAUUUCAGAUUAUUAAAUUAAAUUUUGAUUUAUCAUUACAUGUAUCAAAAGAUGGUUUACAUCCAAAUGCAAAGGGUAUUGAACAUAUAUCGAAUGUUUUACAAAGCUAUGCAGAUACAUUACAAAUUGUAUAA